AUGGAUUCCAUCUUCUCUGUGAUUGGAUCCUACGUUGACUGGGAUGUGAAAAGUCUGCUGCUCUUCUUGGCAAUUUUCAUCAUCACCACAGAUCAUAUCAAGAACCGUCGGCCGGCCAGCUUCCCUCCAGGACCCUGGGCACUUCCUGUUGUGGGCAACAUAUUCACCGUGGACCACAGCAGGACUCACGAGAGUCUGACCGAGUUAGGGAGAAGAUAUGGGGACGUCUUCAGCCUGAGAAUGGGCUCUGACUGGAUGGUCGUGUUGAACAGGUCUGAGGUUCUGAAAGAAGCUCUGGUGACGCAGGGAGACAGCCUGGCAGAGCGUCCUGACCUCCCUCUGACAGUGGAAAUAGUCCACAAACUGGGCAUAAACUUUAACAACGGGAACCCCUGGAAACAGCAGAGGCGUUUUGCACUCUCAACCCUCAGAAACUUUGGAUUUGCAAAGAAGUCACUUGAACCUGUCAUCCUGGAUGAAUUUACGUAUUGUGCAGAAGAGUUCAUUUCCCAAAAAGGUGAGUGGCUGACACAUAGAUGUAAACCGUUCAAUCCACACCUCACCAUCAACAACGCCGUCUCCAACAUCAUCUGCUCCCUGAUCUUUGGUCAUCGCUUUGAGUAUGGUGACGAGAUGUUCCUGAAAAUGAUGAAGCUGUUACCGAAAGGCCUCCAGAUCCAAGGGUCCAUCUGGGCACAGUUUUACAACUCGUUUCCUCUGCUGAUGAGACAUUUACCGGGGCCACAUCAGACAGUCCAGCACAUCUGGAAUGAAGUGAAGGACUUCCUAAGAGGAGAGGUUGAAGAGCACAAACAGAACUGGGAUCCCUCGGACCAGAGAGACUACAUAGACUGUUACCUGAAUGAGAUUCAGAUGAACAAGGGGCAGAAUGAGAGUAGUUUUGAAGAGGAAAGCCUGGUGAUGAGCCUCCUUGAUCUGUUUGUGGCUGGUUCAGAGACCACAUCCAGCACCCUGCGCUGGGCCGUCCUCCACAUGGCAAAUAACCCUGAAAUCCAAGAGAAAGUCCAAGCUGAAAUAGACCGAGUGAUUGGACAGUCCAGACGGCCGUGCAUGGAGGACCGUGCAGACCUGCCCUACACUGAGGCCGUCAUCCAUGAGGUGCAGAGGAUGGGCAACGUCAUUCCUCUCAGCCUCCCUCGCUUCACCAACGAGGACCUCCACCUGGGAAAGUACACCGUCCCAAAGGGCGUCACAGUGAUUACCAAUCUGACCUCGGUGAUGUUCGACGAGAACGAGUGGGAGACGCCCUUCACCUUUAACCCAGGACACUUUCUGACUGAGGAGGGGACGUUUGUGAAGAAACCAUCUUUCAUCCCUUUCUCUGCAGGUAAAAGGAUAUGUCCCGGGGAGACUCUGGCCAAGAUGGAGCUUUUCCUCUUCUUCACCUCCUUCAUGCAGCGCUUCACCUUCUCCAUGCCUGCUGGGGUGAAGCCGGUGAUGAACCAGAGUUUUAGCAUCAUUCUGGCACCACAUCCAUAUGAAAUCUGCGCAACACCCCCUGUGGCCGAGGCAGAGCAGAUCAUCCACAUAAUGGAUUCCCUAUUUUCUGUGAUUGGAUCCUACGUUGACUGGGAUGUGAAAAGUCUGCUGCUCUUCUUGGCAAUUUUCAUCAUCACCACAGAUCAUAUCAAGAACCGUCGGCCGGCCAGCUUCCCUCCAGGACCCUGGGCACUUCCUUUUGUGGGCAACAUAUUCACCGUGGACCACAGCAGGACUCACGAGAGUCUGACCGAGUUAGGGAGAAGAUAUGGGGACGUCUUCAGCCUGAGAAUGGGCUCUGUGUGGUUGGUGGUGUUGAACAGGUUUGAGGUUCUGAAAGAAGCUCUGGUGACGCAGGGAGACAGCCUGGCCGAGCGUCCUGUCCUCCCUCUGUCGCAGGCCACAUGCAAUGGACUAGGUCUCGUAUUCAGCGAGAGUCACAUCUGGAGGCCGCAAAGACGUUUUGCACUUUCCACCCUCAGGCAUUUUGGACUGGGCAAGAGAUCACUUGAACCUGUUAUCCGUGAUGAAUUUACACAUUGUGCAAAGGAGUUCAGUGACAACAAAGGUGAGUGGUUGCCACACAGCGGCCCGUUAAUAAUGAACACAUGUAAGCCCUUCGAUCCACACCUCACCAUCAACAACGCCAUCUCCAACAUCAUCUGCUCCCUGGUUUUUGGUCAUCGCUUUGAGUACAGUGAUGAGACCUUCAUGAAAUUGUUGACGCUGACAGGAAAAGGCCUCCAGAUCGAAGGCUCCAUCUGGGCACAGCUCUACAACUCGUUUCCUAUGCUGAUGAGACGUUUGCCGGGGCCACAUCAGACGGUCAAGCACAUCUGGAGGGAAGUAGGGGACUUUAUAAGAGCCGAGCUUGAAGAGCACAAACAGAACUGGGAUCCCUCGGACCAGAGAGACUACAUAGACUGUUACCUGAAUGAGAUGAAUAAGGGACAGUCUGACGAUACGUUUGACGAGGACAACCUGGUUAUGAGCAUCCUGGAUCUGUUUGUGGCUGGUUCAGAGACCACGACCAGCACCCUGCGCUGGGCUUUGCUUUACAUGGCAAAUAACCCUGAAAUCCAAGAGAAAGUCCAGGCUGAAAUAGACCUAGUGAUUGGACAGUCCAGACUGCCUUACAUGGAGGACUGUGCAAACCUGCAUUAUACUUAUGCUGUCGUUCAUGAGGUGCAGAGGAUGGGCAACAUAGCCCCUUUAAGCUUGCCUCAUCUCGCCAGCAGGGACCUCCAGCUGGGAGGCUACACCAUCCCAAAGGGCGUUACAAUCAUUCCCAAUCUGACUUCGGUGAUGUUUGACAAGAAUGAGUGGGAGACGCCCUUCACCUUUAACCCAGGACACUUUCUGAACGAGGAGGGCAAGUUUGUGAAGAAAGCUGCUUUCCUCCCUUUCUCUGCAGGUAAACGAGUGUGCCUCGGGGAGAGCCUGGCCAAGAUGGAGCUUUUCCUCUUCUUCACCUCCUUCAUGCAGCACUUCACCUUCUCCAUGCCUGCUGGGGUGAAAUCUGAGAUGGAGUAUUGUUUUGGCCUCACUCUGGCACCACGUCCAUAUGAAUUAUGUGUAUCACCACGUUAACACUCCAGAUAAAAUACCACAAAAGUCAAUAUACUUGUACCAUAUCAAACUGAAUGGCUUCUGUAACAUAACAUGGGGACUCCAGCUGAUAUCUCUUUAGGCUGCAAAACUGUCAUAUAGUUGGUUUCUUUGUAUCUCUUUUGUUUGAUUAGCCAACCUUCCCAAAACAGGCUAUGAGAUUUCUUCUUAUAGACUAGUUUGCUUAGCCUUACACUCUAGUUUUCUGUUACUGUUAACAGUUACUGUGGAAUUUAAUAGAUACCUACACAA